AUGCCCCCGAAAAAGGGGGCCAACGAUCAACCCUCCACCAAGGGUGGAGCUGGGAAGGGGAAAGAUCGCACCGAGGCCCAGAUCACGCGUGUCGAUUUUGGCCUGCCGUCCUCCAUGGUUCAGACGUUGCAAUCAAUUUCGUCGAGAGCAACACAGGACCUUUGGGGACAAGGAUCCUUUACGACAGAUGGUGCAACAGUGGAACAGUUGGCACAGCGCACAGCCAACACCCUGGGCCGCCUUUCCAAAAGACUCAAUGGCAACAUGCGUGCCAAGAAGGACCUGCAAGAUGCGCUGACAGCCUGGGUUUCCAUGCUCAGCCAACAUCUGUUGGGCCUGACGCAUCGAGUGGAUGCCCUGUCUCGCAAGGUGGACGAGGACUCAAUCGCUGCAGUCGAGGAGCUCCGACAUGUCUCGGCAGCACAACCGUCUGCAACCACCAACGAGCAGCUGGCGCGAGCGGAACAGUCCUUGGGCCCUAUCUGGACGGAUCCACAGGUGCAGGAGGUGCAUCGGCUCGCUGCUGCCCUCAAGGCGUUUGCUACUACGAACCCUUCAUCGUUGGACAUGCAUCCCGGCCCUGGAGGCUCUGUGGCUCUUGCGCCACGUGGCACCCUUGGGGCUCCCCUGCAGCCGGCCACUGCUAUGUCCGCAACUUUGAUGCCACCGGUCCCGCUGGGCCCACCUGCAGUACAUCCUGGUGGUUUUGGGAGCGGUGGAUCGGAGGCCAGCUUCGGGACCCCAGGACGCUUGACAGGUUUAGGAGAGCCGGAGGCGCGCAGUGGCAGAUGGCGCAAACGCAGUGGCGGCGGUGGACUCCAUGGCCGCGGGAAUCUACAGGCUCCGGUAAUUGUGGUGGCAGACGAAGGCCCCGAGCUCCUCCCUGGUGCGUUGGCUGCAUCCGCUGGUCCUUGGGUGGAGGCUUGGAUGGCCAUGCUCCGUUUCUGUGUCGACACUGGUUCCGACAUGGUGGGCGAUGUGGCACCGUGCCCUCAGCAAGACGCCUGCCUGCCGCUUACCUUGGACGCACAAGCACAGGAAGUGACUCUGCAGACUGCAGAGUCCACGUGGAUGGCCUUGGUACAUGCAGUCAGCGACCCCACCCAGGCGGACCUUCAGGAGCUACAUCGACUCCUGCAAACGGCUUUGCACUGCUUGCGGAAGUGCACGGACGUCUUGCCGAGGGUCCGGCAGGGACUUCUGGUCGCCAGCUUGCUGACCACAGGAGGCCUGCUGGAUCCCUUCUCAUUUGCACCCUCUACGGCCCAGGAAUGGUUGUUCCCCAGCCUAUUGCUGGAGGCCGAAGUGCAAUUGCGCGGCUUCAUUGCUCGGGAUGCCUCACAGGACCCACGUGUUCAAGUCCUACUGCGCCUGCCUUCCCCGUUCCUUGGUGCAGCGCUGGCCGAGGAACUGGACGAAGAACUCGAGUGCGGCGUUAAAUCGCCUCUUUCUUUGAUCACUCUCAGCCUUUUCCUAGGGCGGUGCCUCAUCUUGUGCAUAGCUCUGUACAGAGUAGCCGUCGUCAGUGAGCGUUUCCUGGCCACAUAUGGACCGCAACUCUCGUGGCGUCGCUCGUGGCAGCUUAGCUGUACCCUGUCAGCGACAGCUUGGUGGGUGGCAGCUCUAUUUGGGCCGCCUGCCUCCAUGUUUGCCUGCGCUUGCAUCAGCGAACUUUUGGCCUUCCUCCCUGGUCUUGCCCUGGACUUGGGCUCUACGCGCCUGGGCCAUCUUCGCACCUGUGCUUGUCCUGGUGGUUUCGCAUCCCGGAUGCUUGGUCGUGCACCCGGUAUGGGACUCCUUGCCGUCGUGUCGGCAGCAGUCGUUGCAGAAGUCGAUCGGUUUAUCCAGUUGGCCGUACUGGUAAUCUUCUUCUUCCUCGCACGGACCGCAACCGCCGGCACUUGGCUGUUUUCGUGGGCACUCCUCCGGGAGCGCCUGUUCUCGAGCCUUGCCCCGUCCCGUGAGCAGCUUCUGUUGUCCCCUGUAACCUGCACCUGGCGCCAGGUGUGGCUCCCGGUCGACCUCAGGAGGUUCGUGCAGACCUGGAUCGCCUUCUUGCGCGAUGUCAAUGGGGGCCCUGUUGGAGCCUCCCUUGACCCUCCCAUUUCUCUUUUCUCCGCUAUGCAGGUCAGCCUUCCCACCUACCCCACAGGCCCCGAGGUUUUUCACGGCCGCUCCCACAACCAGGCAGUGCUCAUAACCCCCAAUGGCCUAGUAUAUGUUGAGGCUCCGGUCUUCGCGGACGCGGCCACUUUUCGUCGCAUCGUCGCUACGCAGGCCUCUCCCCAUGCCACUGGAGGGACCAUGCGCAUCUGGCAGCCGCUGCCUUCCCUCCCUUUAGUUCAGUUUCUGGAAGUCCACUGCGUAGGGGAUGCGGUACCGUGCAUCCUGGACUUUCGUCCAGUUGGCUGGCGUCUUACCACGGUUUGUGUGGUGCCGCCGGUCACUGCCGUCGCCGCCAUCGGGGCUGCCUCCAGGAGAGAGCGCAAUUGCAUUCCGCCGGUCCUCACCGGCAACUUCCCUCUAGUCUUAAUGUUCUUCCCAGGGACUACUGCACCUCAGGCUGAUGCGACGCCUGGGUCAGACUUUGAUGAAGACCCUGCUGUUUGGCUUCAGGAAGGGGACUUCGGCGAAGGUCCCUUAUGGAUGUCGCUUCCGGUGCAAGAGAGGGGCUAUUUGAUCACCUGCAGGCUGUGGUCGCCGGGUACAUCUGUCAGGCUUGAAUUCUCCGGUUUGGGUUCCGCCCGGGAGGCUGCUGCCGAGAUUUACCGCCAGGCCAUUCGCUUGGGGCGCCCCCAGGUUGUUGCCGCGUCUGCAGGCCCCACCAGUGACGCUGUUAAUUUAGUCACUCUCCCUCAGCACCCGCAGAUGCUGACAGUGUUAUUUGAUGCUGGCUCUCGAGUUGUCUGUGCGGAGUUACCGACUGAUUACACUGCCAUUCAGGUUUUGCGCAUUGCGCAACAGGCUGCCGAGGCGGAAGAGGUGCAGAUCUUGAAGGGCUUUGCUCAUCGCCUCCGACAUGGCGAUGUUGUCCGGAUCGCGGCUGGUGCCACAGCUCGCACACUUGAUGUGUCAGCCUUUGUUCUCCCUUCCGACUCUGAGACGGCAUCCCGGUGGCUUCAUACUUCUCGGCUGGUCUCCAUCCUUCACCCUAGUGAUGGAGCACUCACCUUUGAGGUCCCGCGCUCGGCCGAUCUGACCACCCCGUUGCUUCGGACCUUGCUUGGCACCAGUAUCCCUGGGAAGCAUGUUUUCCUUGAAGUGCCAGGGGCCGACUCUCUGCCACACUCCACCUUUGUUGCAGUGCGCCCGGGUCAGGACUGUAUCAUUUACAGGCUCACCGACGUCCACGACCCCUCCGCGGUUGGGCUCUUCAUGGCCUUCGCGGGUGUCUUCUCGUCCUUCCCAGUGUUUCUUGAGAGUCUCCUCCGGAACUCGGGUCCUGCUGCCCUUCUACUGCGGACCCUGCCGGAUGGCUGCCUACAGCUGCGCAGGGACUUCGCCAGGUCCAAAUGCACCUCUGGCUUCCUGGACAAGGUCCUUGAUCUUAUCAUUGCCCCUCCUGGUGCGGCCGCGUGGUGGAUUGUGAAAGACACGAUUGGCUGCGAAUUGUUGCGACCCGUGGUACAACACUACGUCUCGCACUGCUCCUUCUUCUUCUGUGCCAUCGAGCCUGACGGCGCCGUCUACAGCGUGGAGCCAUCAGCAGAAGUGCGGUUCAUGACCCCAAGCCCACAUGGAGCCCGAGCCCUUGUUGCUAAGGUCCUUCCUGGUCUCGUGGGUCGGGUGGUAGAUGGGGUCCUUCAGGUUGUAGCUGCCAAGGCGGGCUCAGUGUCGCUUGCGGGAAGCUUGGCUCUUCUCUUGCUCAGUGGCCAAGCCGCCUCGAUGCAACCCGUUCCGGAGCUGUCCCUGGUACCAGCUGUUGAGCCGCCUGCUCUGCCUGCGAUCAUGCGCAUCUGGACCCUCAAUGUCCGCCAGCCGGUGGAUCUCCCAUGGCGGGCUGAAGGUUACCCCACCAGGUGGUUGCGUGAUCUCAUGCGCCGUUUGCACAGCAUCGAUGAUCCUGGCGAGUUUCGGUCCAUCUGUGGCCCCCGGGACAGCGGCGUCCAGCAUGUUCUGUUUGUACCACUUGUGCCUCCCACUGUGCCGCGAAAUCGCUUUUGGCUCUUGCACUGGGGCGAAGCGGCCGUUGUUGCCUUUGGUCACACCCCCUUCAGCUGGGAUGUCGUCUCGGCACACUUGCGCACGCUCUUUCCGGGGGGCCAAGUCCCCGACCGUUGCCCAGCCAUCGCCUACGCCGGUGCCUUCUAUCCUCCGAGUGCUGCUUUGCCAGACCUCCCGUCUGGGGCAAUUAUCCAGCUUCUAAUCGGGGCUCUGGCUCGUGUCCCCAGUGAGGACGACCCUUGGCAUCCCGAACCAUAUGUUGUGGACGGCCCGUGGUUCCAGCAUGUCCCCAGCAAGGGACCUGCACUCGAGCCCGCAAUUCUCAUUGAUGCUGGGGGUAGCAGGCGGCCCGACGGUUACGUGCCCACUACGUUGGUUGACCAGGGCACUCAAACCGAUCUGUCGGGCAACGGUACUGGCCUCGAUCAUGCCACAGUUUCUAGAGUCCACUCUCUGGCCCAAGAACUCACCUUCCACACCUCCAGGCUAUGGGCUGGCCUUGCCGAGCCCGACGCAGAGCCUGCUGACUGUGCCGGGCCAGUCUCUCGGCCUCCCGAGGUCACUGCUGCAGCUGCGGCCUUACCACCCGACGUCGACCUGCUGGAUAUGGGCAGCCCCUCCGGUUGCCAGCGGCGAGCCCCUGGGCCCUCUUGGUGCUUCCGGGGAUGCUUGGUCACUCCCGCCUUGGCCUCUUCUUCAGCCUUCUGCAUGGCCACCACCGUCAACGCUCCCUUUCAGCCCCGGCUCCUCUCCCUGCGCGCGGCCCGUCCACUGGAAGACUAUGCCUUGGGCCAGUGGCCCUCUCCAGUUGACCGGGAGCCGGCUGCCGAUGAGGACGUCGUCCGCAGAGUUCAAUUCGGUCUCCUGAACCGCCAGCGGGGCCUGCGCACUUUUGCAGCGGCUAUUCCGCUAGGCACGCCCUUUUGCAUUCAUAACCCCUUCACGGCUCGGCCUCAAUGCGAGAUGGUCGAGUACGCGGCCGGCCCUGCGAUCAACCCACUAGCCAUGCCAGACAUCGCGGGUGGGCUGGUCUUGUUCUCCUUCAGCCUCAGCCAGAUUCCUCCGCGGUGCCACGCUUGUAACCUCAACCCCCCGGAGUUCCAAGAAGGCUCUGCUGUGGUUCAGUUCCGCAAUGGCGACUGCUUGGCUGCCCGCCGCUGCACGGCUCGCACGGCUGCGGGCCACCUUCUUACAGACUCUGCGACUGCUUCCCACCCUUCUGCCACGGCCGAAGCAGUUGAGGCCGACACCGCUGCUUCUUCCGCUUGCUGGCCUAGGGCCAAUCUUUGGUGGGGUCUUUUGGGUUUCGGGCUACAGGGUCGAGGCGCGUCUCAUUUCUUCACCUUCGGUCUCUUCUUUGGAGCCGGCCUGGUAUCGGGCAUGCAUCGCCCAGGAGGGUUCCCUUGGGGUGUUGACCCGGUUAACCGCGACUUCUCAGGCAUCACGACCGACGAUCCUGUCUACGUCGUCUUGCAUAGCCCUUUCCAAGGAGUCUUCCCACCCUUUACUGCCUCGCAAGAGACCCGGCACUCACAAGUUUGGGCGCAGUUCCUUAACGACGAUCCGGGUUGGGCCUCCGAGUACUUCCCGGUCUGGCCAGGACCUGCUUUCAACGAGCUGUCGAUCGUUCCGGUCGGACAAGAUGCAGCGCUUGUCACCAUCAUGUUGGUGUGGCGUGGCCACCACAGGGCCACCCUGACGCCACGGACCAUGACGGUGGACUGGCUCACGGCCUUCAUUGCCCGCCACAUCAAUAACCCGGUCGGCGGCAUCUCACUUCCCCAUGGCCUUGCUGUCAGCGAACUUUUCGAUGUCCCACCAGCGGCUUUCCGCUUCCGCAAUGGUGACGUGGUCCAUGUCCAUGAUCCCCCCGAGGAUCCUUCCGAACCACUGGAGUUCGUCGAGCCUUGGCACCUUCAGGACGGACUUGCGGCACAUCACGCUCCGUGGGCAGUCGGAUUUCAGCUCAUGUUCGGCAUCUCUGUACAUUUACUCCGACCCGAGCGGCCACCGCUCCUGGCUUCCAUUGCUGCCGGGGAAGCCUGGUGUCCAGAGACUUUCACAUUUUCGGGAACGUUCCACAACCAUUUCCCCGGCAUGUGGACGCCGGUCCAAUGGACCCGAGCCCGCGCCCUGCAGCUGAUCGAGGUUAAUGGGGUUGCAGCCAAGGUCAACAUCGUUGCUGCCACCCCGGAGGGCCGGUUAUGCCGUUCAGUUGACCGCAUCUCCUCCCGCGACCAUAUUGCCUCCCAGCUUAACUUUCUCCCAGCCACCAUUUGUGUGGGAGGAGUGCCCUCAUAUGCCAUCGAUCAAGCAUGUGAGCUUCGGAACGGCGAUGUCAUUUUUGGUCACUUUGCUCGCAGCACCUGCUCUGGCCGGUCGCACUUCUGGGGUCUUGCCCUUGCCAGCCUUCUGAUCAGACGAUCCCACCCUGGCGCUCUUGCCGUCCUUCUUUUCGGUGCUCUGGGGUUGCGAGCCUCCUCCCUGCCGGCAGCCCCUGGGCCUUGUCUCUUGGCCGCCUCUAUGUGCCUGCCUGCGGCCCAUGCCAUGCACAUGCAGGCCUCUGCCUCUUCAGCCCCGAUUCCAGUUGCAGCCCCCCCUCGCCUCACCGUCACAGUUGCCAAUCCCUUUGCCUCGUGGGCCCGGGUUGAAGUGGACCCUCAGCACCUGUUCGAUGCUGUCAUCGCCGAUGCGCACCACACUCUUACAUCAUGGCAUAAGGGUUUUGCCGCUACUGGGCUUGUCCUUGAUGGAGCCCAAGUCGUGGUGCCGCUCCCAGGAAGUCGCCUGGUCUGCAUCCUCGUCGCGGGUCUCGGGCAGUUAAUAUGCGUUGUUCUGCCCGCCUUUCUUACUCCCAGAGAUCUGAUGCAGGCGGUCCAGAUGCGCCUUGGUCGCCGAGCCUGUGUUAGCCUACCCCCUGGUUUGGCAGCAGCCGCUCGGUCCGCCCGCCCGGUUCUGGCACUCCGGUCAGGGGAUGUUGUUGCCGUCCAACCCCCUCAGCUUGAUUUUGUCGCUGGUCCACGUGAGGCCCCUGUUUUUCUCACAUGGGGCGCUGCCCAUGCAGCUGCGGCGUGGCACUCCGACUUCGUUGUGGCUCACGCUUCUUGCAUCCUCUUGUGGUCACCCUGCCGCCCUGCGAGAAUUGCUCUCCUUGGUCAACAGGCAAGAUGGGAUGCGGCCGCGGCCACCGUGCAACGCCACGAGCACGAGCUCGGCUCUCAUCGCUGGGCCCCCUGCCAUGGCCAUCUUGGGGCCCCUCCUUGGCUUGUGGAACAGUCUGCCGCCGAGGGGAGAGCAAAUAUCAUCCAAUCUUGUGACUCUACUCGUUGUAUUGAAAUAGCACGGGAUGCCGCCCACGAUCUUUAUGUCGAUGGUUUUUCGCUCCGGCCCGCCUCUAGUCGCGCUUGCCCUGUUGCCAAUGUGCGUGAUGGCGACUGGUGGGUGCUUUCAGCUGCUGCCGGCCUGCUCGCCCGGCAGGGUUCCUUGUCUGUUCAGCUCGCCUGGCUUGUUUACAGCUUUGCAACUCAAGGCUGGGCCGUCUCUUCCGGUGCCUCGAGCGGUUGUCCAAGCGUCGACUCAUCCGAAGCUCGCACCAUCCGCACGAGGCGGCGACCAGGCCGAUUCUUCCCGCCUAGGGUCGACUUUAACGACGGCGAACCCUUUGUCAUUCAAGGCGGCUGGCAACCGGACUCGCCCGAUUGCCCUCUCGCGCGCUGCUUUCCUGGGCCGCGCCCGCAAACGGCCAGGGUGCUUUGCCCUCUUCGAGGCUGGAGUGAGGUGUUCUUUGCCGACCUUACUGCUACGUGGCAGGUUAUAGAACUCGCUGGGUCUCGGCACUGCGGAAGCUGGGCGCGUAAGUUCUUCCCUGUACGGGCUGUCCUGCCGCUCUCUCAAAUCACAGUUGCACCUGUCGCGCCCUACGGGCUGGCUACCGUGGUUUUUCAUUUGGAGAGCUGCUCCGCAGUUGCCCUAGCACCGGUUGACUCGAGCCUUGCUGAUAUUCACCGCCUGGCCACUCGGGUGUUCCCGCAUACCCGUUUCUGGCGGGUGGUCGCUCCUCCGGUGCUGAGCGCCGCCAACCCUCACUCUCAUGUUCGGUUGCGCAAUGGGGAUGCUUUUAGUCUAGUACCAGAGAACUCCCAACCGGAAGCCACUAGGUUUCCCCUUCUCCAAUACACUUCCCUGGAGAGGGCUAGGCAAGUUGCUAGUUGGUCCCUUCCCUUCCGUUUUGAUGUUGGGGGUUCGGCUUUCCUUUGGUACACUAAUCGCAAAGUCGGCCAUUGCCUUCGAAUCCGUGACGCUGGCUACUGGAAUCCGGACGGCCCCACCUUCUGGAGCCUUAAUGGCGAGGCGCUCUCGGGCUCUUGGGUACCGGUCCUCAUCGGCGACCUCUCCAGCCUCCAUCUUAUGCAUCGGACCUCGAUCGGAAAGGCGCAUGUGCUUUUCCUGCUCCCCCCUGACCUGGAGCCAGUGGGAAGACUUCUUGCCGGCUGCAACGUUUUCCGCACCCCGCCGGGGUGGCUUCUCCUACCAGCCCUGCAAUGCGUUCGAGCAGACAGCUCGCUUCGAGAUGGCGAUGUUCUGGUGCUCAACCCUACAGCCGACCUUGUAUGGGAUCCUUUUGGGCCACCCCCACUAGUUCCUGCUGAACCGGAGCCAUGGACGCCCCCUGCAGCCUCUCCGGCUGCUGCUCGUCCUGCUUUUUGGGCUCCCUUGCUUGCGCUUCUUGCCCAUUGCCCUAGAUGGACGGUGCUUGCUCUCUCUCUGCACAUGGGUCUGAGUAUGGUUCCGGUUGUCGAGGUCCCGGAGCAGCCCAUUCGGGCCGGCCUCUACCCCUGGCGUAUGUCGCCGAGAGAAGCGGAUUUGGUUAAUGUGUCCUCCGGCACCGAGCUGGACAUUGUCUACCUUAGCCCCUUUACGGGGCCGCAGGAAGCUGGCCGCCUCCCAACCGCAGCCUCCCUCUCCGAACUCAGCUCUUUGGCCCGGGCCUGUGAUCCGGUAUGGGGUGCUGACGUGGUCCCUGUGUGGCCGACGGCCGCCACCCCGGCCAUGUUGGUGGUGCCACGGCCGCUUACCCCUGACCUAGUCUGCCUGGCCGUCACUUCCUUGGAUCGGCACUUUUCGAUUCUGGUGCCGUGCUCCACGUCAGUCUCCUGGCUCAGCUCUGCGUUACGGGCACUGCAGCCCAUGCAAACGCUGUCUGUAAGAGCGCCUAGCUCGCUCUCUGCGGAUUCCACCGCUGAUCAAGCGGUUCGAUGGCGCUCGGGCGACCUUGUUGUCGCUCUGCCACCCGCUGCCUUUGUGCCAGACUACCAACCGCCCUGCUUUCACACAGACGAGCAAGUUCGUCACUGUGCGAUCUGGGCCGUGGACUUCUCGGUCACGGCGCGAGUGUCCUUCAUACUCUGGCGGCCCGGCCAACGUGCUAUCUGUGGCCACGCACCAGCCGGAUCCCAAUGGAGGGCUCUUGACUACACUUUUGCUGGCGACUUUAGCCUCCACUACCCGGGACGAUGGGUGCCUGUCCCCUGGGUUGCGCAAGAAUUUGCUCACUUAGUUGUGCUACCGGAUGACCCCUCGAGUGUCAAUGUCGUUGUGGAAGCGGACGGGCACUGCUGGUGUGCUACAGUCACCGCCGCCACAGAUGCGUGGCAGCUUUGGACGGACCUGCCCACGGUUUCUAGUCAGCCUCGCGUCCUAGGGGUUCCUCACCAAGAGCUACGGCAAGGGACCACCCUGCGUAGCGGGGACAUUGUAUCCGGUACGGAGCAUGCCUUCUCCCUCAGUGUUGCUCGAGGGGCCAUCGGUCUCGCAGUGCUACACGCUUUCCGGGGCAGUGUGGGCAUCUUAGCCCCUGCCCUUCUGCUCGCUGGUCCCCUGGCAUCCCCGGCUGUCACUGGGAUGCGCCUUUCUGGGGAAACCGAGGAUCGGCGCAAACGCGCUCCGGAUGCCCAAGCGCAAGCCAGUACUAUGCAUCAUCAGGAAACCUGCCACCGUCUCUGGGACCCCGCCGGGCCCUUUUGGGGACCUGCUGCCGUGCCCCCUCCAGCCCUGCAGGACGCCGCACCGGCGUGGUCCUGCUUUACCCAGGUGCGACCGCCACAAGACCACCGUGUUGUUGACUGGGUCCCGAUCCCCUCGGAUCCCUUAUUUGCCACAGUUCUCCUUCAAUGUCCGCCAGCCACCCGGGCGGCGCUGUUACCGGCCACCUGUGCGGCUGCUGAUCUCACUAGGGCGUGCCGCCGCUCGGCGCCGGACCUCUGGCCCCGCCGGAGAUGUGGUGUGGGCACGGCAGUUUGCUUUCUGGGGGAGCCCGUUCAGAAUUCGGCAACCCGGAUUGCUCUUCGCAUGGUCCCCUGGGGAACCGGCACCGCUUAUACUGUGCCCACGGACCGCGACGAGCAAUGGGACCCCGACCAUUGUGGCGUUCCGGAACAGAUCUUUAUCGCUACAGAUGGCAGUGGUGAGCACGGUGGGGCUUGGGCCUUCUGUGCCUGGGCAUGGUGGCGCGGCCGCUGGUAUCGCCUCGGCUGGUUCGGAGCCACUGGCGCUGACCUCCCGUGGUCGCACCAAGGGCAGCCCUCCGCCGGCCUCUCUUUCAAUGCGGAACUGUGGGCCCUCCAGGCUGCUGGCCUGUGGCUUGUUGCAUGGGUCGACCGACUCUCGCUGCUCACCUCCUCCGCGCCUACUAGGGUCACUAUUGCAGUUGAUAAUGCCGCUGCCCUUCAGAUCGCCGCUGGGCAGGCGCAAGCCGGUGAGAACGUCACCACUGACACACGUUACGUGUGGCAGGCUGUCCAGUCCCGCCUCACAACUCGCUUUCAGCAUGUGCACAGCCAUGUCGGCAUCAUGCCAAACACGCUUGCCGACUUUCUUGCUGGUUGGGUGGGGCAACGCGGGUGGCGGCCCUGGAAACAAACUGACCCCACUCUGCCUGCCCUCUUCCGUCAAGCCGGGCCGUGGCUAUGGGCUGUUCCCCGAGCGCGGGUUCAACAAGGGCGGCCUUGUCUUCAGCUUGUCUCCGACUCCCUUCCUCCAGCGCCCCAAGCGGAAGAGCCUUAUGCUCAAGCAUCCCCGUCGGCUGCCCCCUCAGAAGCCCAGGUGCUGGCUGAGCCUCGCCAGCCAACCAUGACUUCCCCCGUACCUCUUCGCAUCGUUACGGCUAAUGUCCAGACGAUGCAUGACUCCCGUGCCUCCUUCUUCAAUCCGUCGGGACACGGUCAACGCCGCCAGUACCUGUACUCCCAGGUGGAUAAGCUGAGCCUCGACAUUGUUUGUCUUCAAGAGACCCGCAGCAAGGGUGGACGCUGGGACACUGCCGGUUUGCUCACUUGGAGGUCCGGGGCAGUCAAGGGCAGCUAUGGUUGCGAAAUUUGGGUGAGGCCACAUCUCACUAACCCGCCACUGCGCCUUGAUGAUUGGCGCAUCACAAGCGCCACCCCCCGCAGCCUCAUCAUUGUGUGCAAACGAGCAGACUUCCCGCUGGCCAUUGCGGUGGCACACGCACCCCACGCUGACAGGCCGGCUGCGGAGAUUCAUCAAUUUUGGUCCUUACUGCAGGCCUCGCUGUGCCAGUUGCUCCUCCUGUGGGCCGAUGAGGACCACGCUUUCAUCGGGGACGGCCUAGGGUGUGGCGAAGAAGGGGCUGGUGAGCAAGGCCUGUUCGAUACCAUGCAACGCCUUCGGUUGACGGCCCCAGCCUCUUUCUCUGAUAUCCAGGUUGGCCCGGGCUGGUCUUGGGAGCACACUGGUGGUACCCGCAAGCGCCUUGAUCACAUCCUGCUCCAGGCGGGUUCCUGGAAUUACCGCCGCUCCUGCCAGCUCCCUGAACUUGAUAUUCUGAACGGUCGGCGCGACCAUAUGCCCUUGCUGGUUGAAUGUGAGCUUCGGGGUCGACCGGUCCAAGCCCUUAAGAAGCGGCACCUCCGUCUCCUGCGCGCUCUCCCCAGCCCGCCGCGGUCAGGCAGGUUCGGGAACAACUUCCCGCUUUGCGAGCCAAUGUCGAGUGGCAACAGCGGCGUUUUCUUCUGCAGGCGGGCCGUCCAUGCGGCUGGGGGAUACGACAUUGAUCCGGAGCUUGAAGAUCAAUUUCGCGCCCAAGAAGGAGCCAGCAGGGUUGAGGCCGCGCAAUUGUCCCAGGCGGCGGCCCGCUGGAUGUCCUCGCCCUGCCUCCCGUGCUUUGAAGCGGUCCCCUCUCUGCUCCAGCUGGAGCAGCUCUGCAUCCGCCAAGCCCCGGCUAAAGCCCCUGGACCGGAUGGACUUCGUAAUGAGCUCUGGCGGUCGCAGGGCGCCCAUGCCGGCCGCUGGCUUUGGCCCCUAUGCGCCAGGAUUGCCCUUCAAGGCCGGGAGCCCUUUGACUUCAAGGCCAGUCGGGACUUGCUCUUUGACGGCUUCGCAGCAGAUGCCCAGGUGCCAGAGCACCAUCACCUCGCAGGUCUUGUCUUGCAGCUUCAGCAACAAGGAGCUCUUGCUGCUUUAGGGGUCGCUGACGAUGUUGCUGCCCUGCUCCGUGACUGUGUGGCGCUAUCCCACUGGUCCUUGUCGGGCUCCUCCAACAUCUUCCUUGCCUCCCGUGGCUCUCGUCCCGGGGAUGGCCUCGCUGACAUCCUGUUCGGAGCGCUCUUUGCUGUUGGAUUGCAGCACAUACAGCGUGCCACUGCGCAGCUCGGCAUUACUCACACCAGUGCUGGAGUUGAGGUUGGCUUACCGCCCGGUGUUAAGCCCAUUGGGUGGGCUGAUGACCUCGCGGUCCUUGCUGACUUUGACUGCCCUGCUGAUUUGCAGGCUCAGCUUCCCCAGCUCGUCCGUGUCAUUCUUGAGACCCUCCGACUCCUCCGUUUCCGGGUCAAUCUCGGCGCGGGGAAAACUGAAGCCUUGGUUGACAUUCGAGGUGAAGGGGCUCGUGCUGCCCGUGGGGCCCUGCUGAGCGGGGACGCACUCCUGCAGGUCUCCGGCUCGGACUCCAUCCGUCUCUGCCCGGAGUACAAAUACUUGGGAGUUGCUCAACUGCCCCGAGAUACUGGACGCAGAGACUGCGAGCUCGCGGCGCAACGGGGCUCCGCUGCGGCCUCGAUGGCACGCACCCUCCUGUGCAGCAACUGCCUCCCGUGGGAGCUCAAGCGUGCUUGGGUUGCGGGCAGAGUUCUCCCGUCGGCGUACUCCUCGCUCGCUAUGUCUCUUGCGGAGUCGGGCAGAGCGACCGCGCCGCUGGCAGGCCUUUUUGAGCGCACGGCCCGAAUUCUCUUGUCCUCGUGGCAAGUAGGGCAUAAGCUCACUACUCCGCUCCUCCGGCUGCUUGCGGACGUCCCUCCACCGGACCUUGCGACUGUACUCAGCCAAUGCCGGCUGUGUGUGCAGCUGUUCUGCAAAGCACCUUUGGCUGUCCGCGACAUUGUUGAUGCCGCCUGGAACAGGGCGCUCCCGUGGUGCCAGGCCCUUGUCUCGGCCUGCAUGCGAGUGGGAGUUUCCCUUGACAUCUGGGAUCCGGCCCGGCCCCCGGCGGUGACGGUCCUUUUUGUGCGGAACCAUGGGCGUGCCCUGCUCCGCGCCUGCAAGGCCCUGAGCAAGUUCGGACACCGUUAUGCUGCCUGCGCCCAGCUGUGGGACGACCUUUCGACGCGGAAAGCUACUCACGUGCUUGGUGCUGCGCAAUCCUACUGCUGCCCUGUCUGUCAGGUCAUCUUCCCUAGCCUGCACGCUGUCCGGGCCCACCUUCACCGCAAGCAUGGAGUCCUCUCUGAUGUUACCGCGUACAUGGCGGGCUCCGUGUGCCUCUGGUGCAUGCACGACUUUCAUUCUUCUGACCGUUUGAAAUACCACCUGCAGACGCAGCGUUCCUGCUUGCACGGACUUCGGGUUACUGUCGGCCCGGUGUACCAGUACGGCUCCGGCACUAAGCGCAAGGGCCGCGCUGCUCACAGAGGUGUCCCUCCGCAACGGCUCUGCGGGCCGUGCAAUGCCACCCCGGUCCAACGACGCGCGGAUCGCCUGGGCGUGCCUGCUACCGCGGCCGAGCUUCAAGCGGAGUGGGACGCGGUCCUUCGUUCGCCGGCUCUCUCUGACCUGGUGCCUGGUGCGGCCGCUUGCGAUGACUGGGCUCUACCUUCUCCUUGGUGGCCUGGGCUUCUUGCCCUCGGCGGGAUCUUCCGCCUGCCUUCCUCCUGGCAUCGUCUGUGGUCCAUGUGGUCUGCCCUGGAGCUCUUCUCGCCAUGGGAGCACCGUGCCACUCGUCGCCUCGGGGUCCUUCGUUCGGCUUCGUCGGGCGGCCUGGGCGCCUCUGUGUCGCUGGCUGACGCCACCGUCGGUCGUUGGUCCCUGCUGGAGUUGGCUGCCGCCAUGGUCUCUUUUCGUAUGGUCUGCAAGUCAGUCCUUCUGAAAGGAGCCCUGUGGAUUUCUGGGCACCCCGGGCACCUUGGGCUUGCCUUGCUUCGCCGCCUGCUUCCUGCGGCUGUCUUCUUGGACUUCUGGUCCCCUGUUGGUCGCAUCUUCCUUGCGGCCUGCUCGGCCCCCGUGGCCUCCUCCGUGCGUUCGGCCCUCGCGGGACCCUCCGCCCCGCCCUCGCUGUCUCUGCGAGCUUUCUGGGCAUACCCCGCUGCUUGA